CUUUGGGAAGGUCCUCUUUAUGGCUGUGAACUGAGGACCCCUGAAUAUAAACCAGUAAGAAACUACUGAGUAGACGGUAAGAAAUGGGUGACUGGAGUUUCUUGGGGAACAUUUUAGAGCAGGUGAACGAGCAAUCCACUGUCAUCGGGAGAGUUUGGCUCACAGUGCUCUUCAUUUUCCGCAUCCUGAUCCUGGGAACAGCCGCUGAGCUAGUGUGGGGAGACGAACAGUCAGACUUUGUGUGCAACACCCAGCAACCUGGUUGUGAGAAUGUCUGCUAUGAUGAAGCCUUCCCCAUCUCUCACAUCCGGCUCUGGGUUCUGCAGAUCAUUUUUGUAUCCACACCUUCGCUAAUGUACUUUGGACAUGCGGUGCACCAUGUCCGCAUGGAGGAGAAGAGGAGAGAGAAGGAGGAAGCUGAGAGACGUCAGCAAGCUGAGGUGGAUGAAGAGAAGCUGCCCCUGGCUCCAAAUCAAAACAAAGGCAACAAUCCUAAUGGGACCAAGAAGUUUCGCCUGGAAGGUACCCUCCUGAGAACCUACAUCUUCCAUAUCAUUUUCAAAACCCUCUUUGAGGUGGGAUUCAUAGUAGGUCAAUACUUCCUGUAUGGCUUCCGAAUUCUUCCACUUUACCGCUGCGGGCGGUGGCCCUGUCCCAAUCUUGUGGACUGCUUUGUCUCCAGGCCCACAGAGAAGACCAUCUUUAUUAUGUUCAUGCUGGCGGUGGCUUCUGUGUCCCUCUUCCUCAACCUGGUGGAGAUCAGUCACUUGAUCCUGAAAAGAAUCCGGAAGGCUCUGAGAAGACCAGCAGAGGAACAGCUGGGGGAAGUCCCAGAGAAGCCCCUCCAUGCCAUCACAGUAUCCUCCAUCCCAAAGACCAAAGGCUACAAGCUGCUGGAAGAAGAGAAGCCAGUGCCCCACUAUUUUCCUCUCACGGAAGUAGGGGUUGAGCCCAGCCCCCUUCCAUCAGCCUUCAAUGAGUUUGAGGAGAAGAUUGGGAUGGGACCAUUAGAAGAUCUUGCCAGGGCAUUUGAUGAGAGGUUACCAUCGUAUGCACAAGCGAAGGAGCCGGAAGAGGAGAAAGUAAGAGCAGAGGAGGAGGCACAAGAAGAGGAGCAGCCGGAACCUCAAGAAGAGCCAGGGGUGAAGAAAGCAGAAGAGGAGGUGGUGAGCGAUGAAGUGGAAGGGCCUUCAGCACCUACUGAGCUCGCCACUGAUAUGAGACCCCUCAGCAGGCUAAGUAAAGCCAGCAGCCGGGCCAGGUCAGAUGAUUUGACUGUAUGAAGGUGCAGGAUAUGGGGAGCACAUGAAAAUGAAAAGGUUGAAAAGAAAAUGAGAGAUAGAGAAAGAAUCAAAAGGUAUUUUUUAAGCAAAGUGCUAAAAUAGCCAUUUGAAUAUUAUUUCCUCUUGAGAUUCUCAACUGGAAAGGUAUGAUCAUGGUAACUGUGCCUUAUUUGCCCUGUAUGUCCAUUUGAGAAAGAACAUUUUCCCUGUUUCCACAUACUAGCUCACGCUUUACAGGAAUACCUAUGCUGUACACAUAACUGAUGUCUUUUAAAACCUAACGUGGCAGUGAACCGCAAAUGUCACUACUGUGAACGGAUUUACUGGAAGCUUUGUGUUCCACAUUUCUGUUUGGCCAGUGAAGGGGAAGACUGAUCACAAAGUGUAUCUAGUAUUUCUUUCUGUUUCCACCCAUGGCAUGCUGAGCAGAUCUCCCCUUUGCUGUUGGCAUGGAAUUGCAGUUAUUUAAUUCACAAAGUGAAUUCUGUGCUUAGCAUCAAUGCACUAAACUCAUAAGCACCAUUUCCCCUCUCUAUUCAGAAAAUAAAGCCGAAAUGUCUCCACUUUCUCUGAGAAUGCAAAUCUGAGUGAGGUAAAAAUAUUUUCCCUUUGUCAAAACUAUUUCUGCUCUUCAAGUGACAUUGCAGUGAGCAAGGUUAACAGCAGCUCUCUACUAGGAUUUAGCAGAUGCUCACAGAUGGAUUAUUUGUUCCCAAGAGGGUCAUCCAGCCCCAAGCCUAUUUUAGACCACUGGAAAGAAUAAAUUCAAGUGAUAUUUUUUACUUGUAGUCUUGUGACUUAAAAGAUCUGAAUCUUGAUUUAGCAAAGUAAGCAUGGGAAGGCUCUGUGAAAAGAGAAAACAGCUACAGCCCCAGAGCAUGAAACUACUUAUAAGCCUUCAUGACGUGAUCCUGACAUGUGCUCAGCUCCUGGAGCUCUCAGACUUACAGGCACUCAGCAAAUCUCAGAGUCCUGAAGGCACCUGUGAACCUAAACCAGGGGUCUUGGUGACUGUGACUAUUUAGAACUCUAAAUACAAAACUGAUUGUUCAGGUUGGAAAAGUCUGGUAUGAUAAUAGUCUUUUGACAUAUUUUGUUUUUAACUUGACAGACAGGAGCCAUCCAGUGGUCUACAUCUCUAUAAAAUGCCAGAGUCUUGAGUAAAACAAGGCCUUUCAAAAGAUGAUUUAGACCUUUUAUGACAACAGGUCUGUACAGAACUCUCAGAGCCUCAUCAAAAUCUUUCUACAAAAGGCAGAAAGACUUGUGCUUACAAAUGUUUGAAUGUGUGUGGAUUUCUAAUUUUAGGACUUCAGCAGCACCUUUUGGCUGGGACAGCGCAGCAAUGUGCUCAAAAUCUUCAGGUUAAUAUCUAUGUCCCCCAGAAUUGAGCCUCAUGCCAGAAAAGUGCAGGUAUGUGCUCUCAUCUGCUCUGCUCUGCGAACCUCAGACUCUGCCAGCUCAGCAAAUUCUUUCCGCUGGGCUGCAGCCCAUCCCAUUGUUCCCAGGGCAGGCUCUAAUCCAGGUCAGGGAAAAAGCUGUCUUUGGCAUAAUGCAUAGAACUCAUCCCAACAUCAGCUAGAUAAGACCCCCUGCCAUCUCCCAUUGUAGCGGGGCUGACUCGAAGCCCAUGGAAGUCAAAUGGAUGUUUGAGAGAGCUCCGGGUAGGCUUGGGCUCACACCUCCAGUCCUGCUGCUUCAUGUCGCAGCGUGGGCAGCCACCAAUACAGUCAGUUUUGCCACCCACUGAUCUAACCUGUCUGGUGGACUUUCCCUGCCUUGUUACGCGGCUGCCCCAUAUGAGCACAGAGGUGGCUGGACUUCACUGCUGAGUGAGGUAAGCUGUAAAAAUGUAGAAAGUUUGUAGGGUGCUCUGGAAUUCUUUAGCACCAUAGUAUUACCAUGUUUGUUUUUUACACUAUUAAUCCUUUUGCUCCUCUUGGGCCUGUAUAUUUUCCUAAGGUUUGCAGCCUGAGGUCAAAAUCUUUGCUCCCUGGACAAAGGCUGUUAGGUUGUCCUUCCUUGUGAAGGAAGACUGAAAGUUUUCGAAAGGAAUAUAAUAAAGCAACACAUGCAAAGGAACAUGCAGAGAGAGAAUCUGGAGGCUAGCAUAUAUCUACCCUCUUAAUACAGAAGCAGGAGAACAACACAAAUGAAAGGCAACUGAGGAAAGAGAAAGUUUUUCUUUAGGGAAGAGUCCACUGUGCCCAAUUCAAGACACUAGAAUUCAAGAAAGGGCAAAGAUUUAGACAAACAGCAAAAUCACCACACUUAUACUAGAUGGGAUCUAUUACUUUUUAUUUUGUUCACAGAUAGUUAUGAGAGAGUUUUCAGGGUUCUAAGAAUAAAACAGAAAAAGAGGUAUAAUGGUUCUAAGGAUCAACCAGCCCACUUGUUGAAGGGGGCUGGAAACAUACUUCCCUGUGCAUAAAAACCAAAACCUUGUAAUGGUUCAGUUUAAGGGAUCUUCUGUCUUUAGAGCAUGUUACCCUUCCAGACACCAAUGUACUGGACAAGAUGAAUCAUGCCCUUAUUGACUUCUAAUUACUUGACAAGUUCUUUUACACACAAUGUCUUUUAAUAAUCACUCCUGUUCCUGACCUCUGACAUGCAUACCUUCAUUAGAUCACUGGACUACUUCAAGAUGAGUGCUCAUUUAUCACAGUAUAUGGUUCAUAAUAUAGCUGUCAGGUGGUUCAGUUUUUAUUCAUCAGAUGUUGAGUAUGUCAUUCUUUUUCACUGGAAUGCCUCAGUAAAAUGCACUGUGUAAAGUGUACUCAAUGGACACUCUGUAGUUCUUUCACAGCUGCCUCAGGAAAGCUCCUCCAGGUCAGAACAGCACAAUGAAACAAACCAGCGUUUUCCUCCUGCAUCCAGUCAGCUGCUGUUGCUUUUUAUUUAUCAAGCCAGUUUUCAAGUACCCUGCCAGACUGCUAGUGAAUCUGUAGCCACCAAGUACAAGCCACAGCAUCAAGACACUGCCUCUCAGCGAGCUGGGCAGGGACUGGUCCGGUCUUCUGGCGUUCAGCCUCAUCUCCGCAAUGAAAUCACUGUGGGACUGUCAGCAAGUCAUUCUUCCUUCACGUACAAUAGGGAAUAAUUUUCUACCUCACAAAGAUAAUGUGAGGCUCAAUAUAUUGUGUUAGUAAUAGAUUGGGAGGUCCUUGGAUUGAAGGCUGUGCAGAUGAGCAAAGGAUUAUUGCUAUUUCCAGAUGUGAUAGUAUAUAAAUGUGUUUUAUUCCCUCUCAGUGAAACAAAUUUAAUCAUUUAUUCAAGAAAUUCCUAGUGAAGUUGCCUAACAAACAGCCUCAGUGCUGUGGAUCUAAUGUAUGAUUAUACUUCAAAAAGAACUAAAUAAAAAGUUGUAUGUGUGAAGACCAGGGAGAAUUAUCUCCUUGGGAAGGGGGAAGUCACUGGACAAUUACAGCCAUGCCAUAACCAUGUAAAGGUGUGAGUACCCCCUCUUGGCUCCCUGUGCAAAUAAAUUACUAACUGACCACAUGGUUCUCUGCAGGGAGCAUAAGAUGCAAGUGUCAAAAUCACCAAAGGAGGUGAAAGUAGAAGAGAAAGGUAGUGUCUUAGCUUACGGUAGCAUGUGGGAGUUGGUAUUCUCUAGUGUCUAGAGCAGUGGACCUAGGAUAAUAAUCUUAGAUUUAUUUCCAGCUCUGCUUCUGACUUGCUGUGAUAAUCACUUUACCUCUCAGUGCCUGUUUUCUCCACCUGUAAAAUGGGUGUAAGAAUUUCCACCUACCUCACAGGGAUGUUGUGAGGCUUCCUUAAUUCUGUUUGUAAAGUAAGUAGGAAUGAUCUGAUGAAAAGCACUGCUGAAAUGGAUGGUAUCCUUGUUAUUUCCUGGCAGAACUGCUAUCUUGGUUAAUAUAUGACUCCUCAACCAGAAAGGCAGUAGUUUGAAAAUGCAAGCACUGCACUGUGCUGACAACAUCAACACAGAUGUGGAUUUGUCAUGAGUGAAAAAAGACUUGAUUGAUCUCCCCUGUCCUCCCACCUUAGUCUUUACCUCACCACAUGAAACAGUGGUGACAUGACAAGUGGCUGGGAAUGCCCCUUAUUUAUGCUUACAUAAGACAAUUCCUGGAGCAGUGGGUUUAGGCUGAUGAAGCUUUAACAAUUCAAUGGUCCUUGCAAGGCAUGUGGGAGGGGGUUGUAUCAUGCAUGAUAUUACUGGGCCUCUGUUUUAAACCAUCAGUGCAACCUCCAGGAAAAUUUUCCAGUUUCCAUGGAAGAAUUUUUGAUUGUUUAUGGCACACUGAAAAAAAAGCCAUCCUUCACGAAUGCAACCCCACAAAUUAUCACAGAAUGGUUUGGGUUGGAAAGGACCUUAAGAUCAUCCAGUUACAACCCCCUGCCUGGUCAGGGACACCUCACACUAGACCAUGUCGCCCAAGGCUCUGUCCAACCUGGCCUUGAACACUGCCAAGGAUGGAGCAUUCACCGCUUCUUUGGGCAACCUGUUCCAGUGCCUCACCACCUCAGAGUAAAGAACUUCUUCCUUAUAUCUAACCUGAAAUGUUAUCAUGUUAUACUGAUUCUUUCCUCUAAGUGAGAUAGAUACGAACAGCCUCUGAGCACUGAAACACAGUGAGGCUCAACUUUCUCCUCCUGUAGGAGGGAAUAGAUUUGGGGCCUCUCUGCUCUUUAGGUCUGUGUGGGAAUGAAAUCUACCACUGAGGGAAGAAAGUCCAUUCUCUCUUGCCACUCAGUAACUCACUGACUCUGCAGUUUCACAUUUAAAGAGCGGCUGUUGAAAAAAAAAGUGGCAGUUUGCUGUUUUAUAUAGAAAAUGGCUUUUCAGGCCAUUUUCAGUAAUCCUAGCCUAGGCCUAGUUUUGUUUAGUAAAGACAGGAACAUCCAUGAGAACCUGAGUACAGCCUUCCUAUGAGCCUGAGGCAGUUGUGAUAAAACAGUAUAUGGUGCCAAAUUUCCUGAGGGCCAGGGUUGGAUAAGUAUACCAAAAUCAGGGGACUUGCCUAAGUACUGGAAUUAUUUUCACCCCAGCAGAAUGACAUUGCCAUUUCUUAGGCUCUCUCUGUGCUACAUCUUUUAAUAUAGCUCAGGAAAGGCUUUUUGCCAACACCAAAUGUGCUUAUACAGUUGAGUAGCAACUAUGGCAAAUUAAUGUGUGUUGACUUGCCAAGAUGUUCUCUGGCACACAAUCCUUUCCUCGCAACUAGCUUGGCAUGCACCUAUUUCAGUAGAACAGGCAAGACCCGUGUCUGUGAACAACUCGAGUUUUUCUCUCAGCAUUUUGAUGUACAAAGAGAUAUUGAGGGUUUAUUCAGCCUAGGGGGAAGGGUACUAGGGGAGCCCCAACUGCUGUCUUCAGGUACCUAAUUUUGGAGUGGGGAGGGAAGAUGGAGAUGGACUCUCAAGGAAGGUGAAAGCGAAAGAUCAGAGGCAACGAUCACAAGGAAAAUUUUGACUAAAAAUAUCUGGCAAGGAAGAAAACAUUGUUCAAAUGGAGAGUGGUUCAGUGCUAAAGCGGGUGCCCAGAGACAUAGUGGGAUCCCCAUCCUUGGUGGGUGAAGAGUGACUGGGAAAAGCACUGAGCACCCUGGUCUGACUUUGCAUUGAGCCAAAGGGUGGACCAGCUGGUCCCUUCUGCGUGGUGGAACAACGCGUAUAAGGCAGUUUCUGCCUCUCUGGUAGAGCUUGCUUAGACUGUCCCUGCAGGCAACACUAACUAGCUGGGCACCACAGCAGAGGCUGAUGCACAAACACAGUCAGCUGAUGUUUGGUAGCUACAAAAGCUGCUUGAGGCCAGAAUCACAUGUUGUGUAACUGGUUUGGAAAAAGCUUUACAACUAAAAAAAUUACAAAAAUGAAAGAACCCCAGUAUGCUUGUCAACAGAGAAAAUAAUGGAAAUAUAAGGGGCUUAGGCCUUUCCGGCUCCCUUUCAGUGUCAAGUGUGCCUUCAAAUCCAUUUGGAAGUGCAGAGGACUGCAUUUUAACAUUCUGUCAACAAAACCCUAUGUAUUUUAAAGCUUCCUGAUCAGGGAUGAAGCAGAACUGAAUAGAAAUGGUGAUUACAGAGCUACUGACAGAACAUUUUGGGAACAACAGAGACUGUUGGCCUUUACCUUCCUAGAUCCAGCCUGGCACAGUAAAAGCAAAACAAGCCGUUUAUUGAUUUUCAAGGAGGAAAGGCUGUAUUGUUUGAAAAGUCAUGCAGUAGCUUACCAAAAAACUUUUAUGUCAACACAGCAAAGACUUUAUGGUGAUACAUUAAAUAGAACAAUUGUCUCCUAUGGUGCUUCCCUGAAGCUCAGGGGAGAGUUGGAUUGAAGGACGAUAAGGAAAUAAUGCAACUGGGAUAAGGAAACCCAGUUACAAAUAACAGAAAAUCCUAGAUUAUGGGCAGCUGUGGGGCAGAGGCUGUGCAGGAGGGCAGCAGAGAAUCCUAGGUACCGGUGCAGCGUGUCAGCUGACUGGAGGUUGCAGGUAAAGGCUGAAGUGAAGAAACCUGCAAGCUCACUGGCUGGGUACCUCAUUGUAAGGAUAAGGCAAGCCAUCUUAAACCCAGCCCAUCAUCUAAUCUGGUAUUUCUGGAUUUUAAGAAGGUUAGAAACUUUAAUAUAAUUUAAUUGAACUUUUAUGUGCUGGUUACUCUAUUUACCUGAUAAAACUGAGAACCUGGCUAGCACAGGUAAAGCUUUUUUCCCUAUCCUUCUACUUAAGUAUAUAAAGAAUUAUUGAGACAAAAAUGUUCAGGCAAGCUUCUCAAUACAUGGAUGUUAGUUCAAAGAAAAGUUGUAGACAACCCCAUAAAGGAACUAAUCUAUUGCCAGUGAGCACUUUCAGCUGAAGUCACCACAAAUAAAUUCAAAAGAAAUUCAGAAAUCAGAUUGAUGUUGGGUUACUCCCAGCUUCAGAGCUCCUUUUUAUGAAAGCCCCUGGGAGAAAAUAAAAUGGCUGGCUUGCUGCCAGCUAAACCUGUUUGUCAUGAAUAUGCCCCAUAGCACCUUCUGGUAACCUGUGUUAUUUCUAAAUAUACUCUUGGCCAACAAACUGCUUUAAUUCAAUAUGCUCCACCUCUCCUCUUUAGUUGAAAGACAUUGGUUACCUCUACAAACUGAACAUAAAGUAGCCACAUUCACACUUUAAUAUGUGGAAGAAUAAAAUAUGGAGCUGAAUGGAAACCUGCCCAUAUACUGACCAGCCCUUCUUCCUUGUGUGCUGCCUCUCCGCCCUGGCCACCUCUAUCUAUAUUCUGUGUAGUGGAACUACCAGCCUCUCAGAACUGAGAUGUUGCCUUUGUGCCUGUGCAGUGCCAUGGACCCUUCUCCCCACACAUGCACAUCAGCUGCUAUCUAAGGAGGAACAACACAGAAUAAAUUUUCCAUUUUCUUUCUA